CGCGCACAUCCGACGAUUCCCGCGGAAAGAAGAACAGUGGUGCCAACCGCGACGCGGAAAAUAGCGCGGCGCGACGCGCGGAGUAACUCGCGGACGCUUCCUGUCGCCGGCCGAGUCACUUCGUUGUGCAGAUACGUCGGGCGAAAAAACGAUGGACGAUAUCGCGCGGCAACCGGCGCGGCAGGUAACGAGACGUCGCUUCCGAGCCUCGGGGAUUCAUCAGGUGUGCGCGGUCAGUUACGCCGCCGGGCUGAGAGACGCCGAGAGCGAUUGGCCGAUUCGCGGGAGCUUCGCCCGGCGAGAACGGCGUCGCGCGACGCGCGGACACGUCCCGUCGACUCGAGAUCCCACGGGCGAAUGAAUGACUGCUGCGUGACCUCGGUACGUGCGUCGCAGCGCCGAGACGAAAAACAGUAACGUAUCACGCGCCAACCGACGCGACGUGGCUCAAGCAUUUGUUCGCGCGUUGCCCGCGUAACUUCGUCCGUCGGAAUUUUCUUCUCGCGUGUGACAAGCGCUUACAGUGGAUUGUGAACUGAACGCGUGCCGGACGUUCGGUUUCUUCUCGCGGCGACCGGCAACGAGCGGGACGUGCCGUCGCUGGAUGUGCGACAAACGCUGGACGCCGACGCCGGACGUCGUCGCUGGACUUCCCGGACUCGCCGAGUGUCUCCAUCCCUGCCGGACGUGGAACACAAUGAACGGACCAGUUUAUGCGUCAUCUUGUCCCGCAUUGCAGUCGAAUCUGUCGCUACACAGCUCAUCCUAUUACAGCGAAUAUAGCGGCACCACGCGAAGACGGCUAUCCUCAACGGGCGAGGCGGAUACUUCCGCAACGUCGAGUUACGAGGGUAGUGACAGCUCCGAGAACAGCGACGAGUCUCGUCUGGAUCCGGUUAGCCAGAUGGAACGAGAACAGCUCGAGACUUUCUUCCGCGGAUUAAAAUCGCAGGUAUUCGUCUGCGAAUCACUGGCGAACCUGUAUCUCGGUAGCGCCUCUCAGACAGAGAGGUGGGAGCUCCGUUUCACCGGAAUUCCCGUGGUGGUCCUUGAUCUUGGGGAGACACGAUCAAGAUCCAAGAGGCGGAUCCAGAUCUUACUGGCUGAACGCGGUACUUGCUUCACUCUCUGGCGCGAAACUAUCGACAACCUCUCAUCGUACAAGGUGUCGGGGCCAGCCUUCCACACGAUGUGUCUCUCGUCGGACCACACGCGCCUGGCCGGGCUCAGCUUCGACAAUUCAAAGGCAGCGAACGAUUUGUGGCAGCACAUAGAGCGUCUCGUGUCCUGCCCGGAGAACAUCAGUCUGUCGGCGCCGGGUAAGAAGAAGAAGAAACCAGUGCAGAAGAAGGUGGUGCUGCCGGCGAAGAGCAACAUCAGUCAGCCGUGCCAGUUCCAGCACGUGACCAGCGUGGACGCGGCCGAUCGUUCGCGUUACUUCUCGCUGCAGACGCUGGUGCCGGCGCUGAGCGAGCUGGAGAGCUCGCUGGAGGCGAACUUCUGAGACAAGCCCAACGUCUCCAAGCUCUCAUAGGGUCGGCGCAGCGCGACGCCCGACCCCCGCCUUCUUCCCCGGAAAUAAUUGCACCGAGGAGGAAGGAUCCGGUUAAUGUCGCGUGCGAGAGAAAACAGAUGAAGUCUAGGGAACUCGCACACGGGCGUCUCGGAUCGCGAAUACGUCGAGAGCCGUUCGAAGGGAGGUGAACGCUAGAAGGCGACACCGUGGAUUCCAUCGGAAAUCCUUUUAUCUUCUUGCUCUUCCUCCGAAGUAGUUGUAGAUGGUCUAAGAGCCAAGUCGGAGAGGAGAUAUAUCGACGAAGCUUUAACGACGACAAAAAGAGAGGGCGGAUACUUUUCUCCAAGAGCCCUCGCGGCUCCCGUAGUUUUACUCGGAUUCAUCUUUAUCUUCUCUCGUGUCCCUCCUGAUAUAAUCAGCCAACUAGUUGGUAAGAGUUAACGGUUAAGUAAGAGGCGCUGAAUUCCGAUUCCGCGCACUAUCCUUGUUUCUCGCGCAUCGACCAGCGUCGUUCCGGAACGAGAAGCUGAACCCGAGGGGCCUCGAAGAGACAAAGAAGCGCGGGGCGAUCGUGACGCGACAGGAGGAAGGAGGUUCGUGUCUUCUCCGAAAUAGACUAAUCCGUUAGCGUCAUGCGCGCAGAGUACGAGAUCGUCCGCGGGCCAAGGCGGAACAUUCAUCAAUCCUUCUAAGCACUCUCGAGAGCGACUGCGAUUGAUGUCCGCGAAUCCUGGCUGCAGCCCCGGGCGAAACAGAAAGUAUCCCCGAGGCUCUCUGGUGAGACUCUCCGCGUCGCGCACCGUUCCACUCUGCUUCUCUUCGAGGAGUCCUUCGAGUCGUAACUAUCGAUGUCGUGAGAUUUAUUAUAGACGCAAAGAAAGUCUCUAUCAAACGUUACGGCGAUAAAUGAUCUAUACGUGAUAAACGUUCUCGUCCGGAGAACGCUUUUGAUAGAUUAUUUCAUUAUCAUCAAUGCAACCGCCCGAGUAUACGGCGUGAAACUUUUUCAUUUCCGGAUGAAGUAGGAAGAGAAAUCCAAUCAAGGUAAAAAUUGAAGGUGAUGAUGUAAAUGAUAGAAAUAAAGAUUCAUGUUUUAAUUACGUAUACAAGGCACCUUUACCGCCUUUUAAUUUCGUGUAAAAUAGAGAAAUUUUCGUUUAUAUAUCCUUACUUCGCGCGUACGACGAUUCCACGCGUACGUAUUUUAAUGGAUCUUUAGAGAUUCAAAAGAGCAGGACGGCCGACCGUCUUAUCGCAUUUUGCAAUUCGAAUGCGGCGAUGUAAUGUGAGGGGAAGAACAAGCGCUUUCGUAAUGGAAUGUCAAAGACGCGAAACCUUGACACGAAAACCAAACAGCGAAACAUGCGAUUAGAAAGAAUCAUGCAAAUAUAUGCAAAAUAUAUUUCCGGGGGCAUCGUAUCGGUUGUAUACACAUUGUUGCUAUUCACUGCGGAAAGAACGCUUUCUCCCCGGCGAGAACAACCCGUACGGUUGUUCCGUACGGUUUGUAAUUAAAGGCGCGCGCACUGCCGCGGUGAAAACAGCAUCAAAGAGGCAUUCAAAGUACACGAUGUGAAUAAUUGCGACGAAAUCGUGGCUACGACGAAAUUAAGUUCCAUGCUUUCCCGACUGCAUUCACCGUAAAAUGCCAAUAACUUCACGAGGAAAGACUUGAAAAUGGAAUAGCAAUUAUUUUCAAUUGAAAGGAAAAUCUACUUGCUUUACUGUUGAUAAAGGAAAGGCCUGCCAAUUUAACACACGUCGCAGCAAUGCGACUUACUGUAGUAAUUCAAAUGAUGUUAGACAAGACGUUAGAGAAAAACAAUUGACACCAUCGAAAAACAAGAAGCCAAUUCUUCAUAACGUAGAAUGUUGACAUAAAAUGUCGUUGACUUAAAAAUGUUAACACGAAACCAUAAAUUCCUUGACGUCUCUAUGUUGUGGAUUCAUAAUUAUAAGUACGCAAGAUUGAUGUGCGAUUUCGGUAAGCGAUAGAAGUCGAUAAAUCAAAGAACGAAAUACUGCCGAACAUUUCAAAUGCAAAAUAAAUUAAGAUUGAGAGCGACGGCGAAUACUGGAAACAAACAUUGUGCCAAAACGUACUUGAACCAAGAGAGCUGGUUUUAAUUAACUGAUAUUUCAGUAUCAUGCGCUUCCACUUCACACAAGACUUGAAAAGCCAGUCCGCAAUGCAAUUAAGAUUAUUACAACAAACUGACCAGCGUGUUUCCAGUAAGCUCGUGACGCUCGCGUAACACAUUACGAUGUUAAUUAGAUUACUAAUUAGAUAGAAUUAGUCGAAUUGACGUGUCCAUCUAUAUCGAAUCCUACUUCCUACUCCUCGAGUCGUUAAUGUGUCUGUAGAUUUCGGUAGAAAUUCUCGAUCUUGUUGUCGACAACGUGUACGCUCGAUAAAAUGUUAAGCUAUGAAAAUCAACAAUCAUCAAUUCUAUCCAAGUGAAAUAAUAUUAAAGAAUUGAUAUUCAAAUAGACAUUCUUGGGUCAAACUGGGACGUUCUACAUCGCAGUAAAAAUAUUAUCCUCGCAAGGAUAAUUUAACUCGACAUCUCGAACCCGUAACUCUUCGUAAAUAUUGUCUUAGCACAAUCGGUCUUUUUAAUUUCGUGAAAUUUCUUUUCGAUCUUUCUUUCGUAUUAUUUCACUUAGACGUACUUGGUCCAUAACUGAAAACGGAGAUGAGUAUUCUUCCCGAGAAGGUCGCGCGCGAGAAUGUCGUUUUACGACGUUCGUAAGAAGACUGGUUUCACCAUUCCGCGAGUGUAGGCACAGUUUAACAAUAGGUACCUAUGUAGUAAUAGUGGUCAUUAAGACGGCUUGAUUUUAACCUUAGGAUCAUCAUCAGCGAACGUCUCUUCAGCGUCAUCCUCGUUUAUAUCGCUUCGAAACUUCCGUUUCGCUGGGCGGAGAAACGCGCACGCGUGUUUCGCUUUAUAUCCAUUGCGAAUCAAACCUUUAGCGACUAAGAUUUUAAUUAGCGUGUCAGUACAUCUAAGUUAGGCUCGCCCGGAGGAAUCUUUUACCAUAUUAUCCGAGAUGUAUGUAAUGCUUUCCGCGGGAUUUAUACGCACACUUUGGUCAUGUGAGUCGUAAGUUUCUUUUAGGAGAAGUUCUGGGCGAAUAUUCUAGGCAUUUAAAUAGAUACAGUAACUUCGAAUUAAUACUAAUUUCAUUAUCUACGACUGUGAUAUAAAUAUAUGUAUUUGUAUCGUUACGUUUCGUAACAUAUAUCCGCAUUAAUCAAUCACUUGGAGACAUAAGUUUAUGAAUAUCCAAUGUAAUGAUAAUUAUUGUGCUAAUAAAUAGUAACUUCAUGAAACAAAA